AAUAGAUUAAAAUCAUAGCAUCAGUUUGGUCAAGAAUGCAUAAUUAAAUGAUUAGCAUGGAGACUGAUGUGAUUAAUUUAAUUAUAGUCCUCCACAUGAGAGAAUAGUUUGUUUUAAUCAUAUGUUACAUGAAGUUUCAAAUUCUACCAUCUAUUAUUUGAAUUGAAAUAUUUAAGGGCUGGGAAAGACAGUCAUGUAUUCGAUUUUUCAACCACUGCACAUGAUCCACUCUACUGUACACAUGAGCAAACAUGUGCCGGCUAAGAUCCCCGCCCGCGGUGUUUCCAAAAGGCUCCUUGCUUUCUGGCAAACAAUGGGCCAAAAUGUUGAUCGUGCGGCCACCAUCCAUCCACGCGUCGCAAUGAAAUCUAAUGAUAAAGUGCCCAGCUCCGGCGAUCAACGCCACCACUCCGAUUUAAAUGUCGGAGCCUGCUUGCUACCAUUAACGGAACUUCUCCUCUUACCCCACCUCUCUUCUUCUUCUUGUCCGAAACAAAGAUGGCGAGUGGUAGUGGUGGUGAUGGUGAGAUAUUCGUGGUGACAUCGAUUGGGCAGGGCCAUCUCUUCCCUUGUAUGGAGCUCUGCAAACGCAUAGCCUCUCGAAAUUACAGAACUACCCUCGUAAUUCCCUCCAAUCUCUCCUCUUCCGUCCCCUCUUCCUUCCUCCAGCACUCCCUCGUGAGCCUCGCCGAAAUCGCCCCCGCCACCGGUAUGAAGACGCUUGCAUCCGACGCCGUCCGCCAAAAAAUGGGCCUGGACCUCGAGGCCCAUCUCACUCGCCGAUCCAUGGGCCCAGAUCCGCACCCCCUCCUCUGCGCUGUCAUCGACUUCCAGAUGGGCUGGACCAAGGAGGUUUUCCGCAAGUUCAGUGUUCCCGUGGUUGGCUUCUUCACUUUCGGAGCUUGCGCCGCCGCCAUGGAGUGGGGCGCAUGGAAAACCGUCGCCGGAAACAUCGCUCCCGGCGAGGUCCGUACGAUUCCAGGCUUGCCCGGGAUGGCUCUAUCACUCUCCGAUCUAAAACGGCGGCCUGGCGGGCCACCGCCCGGUGCCGAAGGUCCCAAACCGCCGGGCGGUGGCGGCCCGCUUAAACCGGGUGACCGGCCGCCGUGGGUAGGGGAGAUCGAGGGCUCCUCGGCGCUGAUAUUCAACACGUGCGACGGUCUGGAGCGUCCGUUCAUCGAGUACAUGGCUGAUCAGUUGGAUUUGCCGGUAUGGGGUGUGGGCCCACUCCUGCCGGAGCAGUACUGGAAGUCGUCGGAUUCCCCGAUCCGCGACCGCGAGAUGAGAACCCAGAAACGCCCGUCCAACUACUCGGAGGAGGAAGUGAUCCAAUGGUUGGAUACCAAACCACGUGGAUCCGUGCUAUACGUCUCUUUUGGGAGUGAGCUGGGCCCCACGACGGAGGAGUGCUCAGAAAUCGCGGCCGCUUUAGAAGAGUCGACUCGGCCGUUUAUCUGGGUCAUACAACCCGAUUGGGGCAGGUCACAACCCCCGGGAGCGGGUAGGUCUGAGUCUGAGGGAGGCUACCAGUACCACCCUCACGGGUUGGAGAAGAAAGUGGGAGAAAGGGGUAUGAUAAUAUGCGGGUGGGCACCGCAACUAUUGAUACUGAGUCACCCGUCAACAGGUGGAUUCCUAUCGCAUUGCGGUUGGAACUCGACGGCGGAGGCAAUCGGGCAGGGGGUGCCACUGUUGGCGUGGCCCAUAAGAGGAGACCAGUACUACAAUGCAAAAUUAGUGGCGGAGCAUUUAAAGAUAGGGCACAUGGCCUUGGGAGAUCCGUCGGGGAUGGGAAAGAAGGAGGAUAUAUUGAGCGGAGUUGAGCGGAUGAUGGGUGACGAGGAGGUCCGACAGCGGGCAGCGGAGCUUCGGGCCAAGUUCAUUCACGGCUUUCCGACUAGCUCCGACGCCGCCUUGGAUGCGUUUCUGGGAUUUUUCAGACCUAAUGCAUCCUACUCGCAGACGCUCAAUUAGUCGCGUGUCCACGGCCACGAGAGUGUUAUGUUAUUUCACUGAUAAAAUAUUAAUAAUUUUUCAUCAUGCCUAGCUGCGAUAUUGAGUGAUAAUUAUAAUAAAAACAAAUAAGUAAACAUAUUUUUAAUAAUACUAGUAUUUUAUUUAUGGAAA